UAAAAAUCCAAUAGCUUACAAAUAAAGAUGUCAGAAUUGUGUCACCAGAGGAUAACAUUAUCCUUUCUAAAAACAUCACUCUGUAGAUUUCACAAUUUUUGUCAUCAGUCAGUACAGAGCCAUGAAUUUCAUGGUAACAUCCUUUCUGGGCUUUGUGCUAGCUUCUUUGCUAGCUAUAUCACUUCAAAUCUUCUUCUUUACACCAACAUACCCACACAACCUUCAGUUUCCUUCACCACCUGUAACUUUUCCUACCAACAACCACUUGCAGAAAGUGGCUAAACUUGGAGAAGGAAUGCUGUUGUACCCGGAAGAUGUUUGUGUGGACAACAAGGGCAUGUUGUAUACAGCUACGAGAGAUGGAUGGAUUAAAAGAAUGCAUAGCAAUGGAUCCUGGGAGAAUUGGAGGAAGUUCAACACUGAUACUUUACUUGGACUCACAAUUACCGCGGCAAAUGAUCUCAUUGUAUGCGACUGCAUUGAGGGUUUGCUUAAAGUUAAUGAAGAUGGUGUGAGUGUUCUUGCUUCGGAAUUUAAUGGUACCAAAUUAAGGUUUGCAGAUGAUGUAAUUGAAGCAUCAGAUGGUACCUUGUAUUUCAGUGUUGCAAGCACCAAAUAUGGACUCCAUGACUGGUACCUUGAUGCUUUGGAGGCCAAACCUUACGGGCAGCUCCUCAAGUAUGAUCCUCUCACCAAGGAGGUAUCAUUAGUGUUGGACAAUCUUGGUUUUGCCAAUGGCGUCGCGCUAUCUAAAGAUCAAGAUUAUCUAAUUGUUUGUGAAUCAUGGAAAUUUAGGUGCCUAAAGUAUUGGCUAAAGAGUGAAAUUAGAGGCAAAACAGAGAUAUUCAUAGAUAACCUUCCAGGUGCACCGGACAACAUUAAUCUUGCUCCAGAUGGUUCAUACUGGAUCGCUCUUAUUCAGAUAUAUUCGAGCAAGCUGAAAUUUGUGCACUCAUCCAGCGCAAUCAGACAUCUUAUAAUAACAUUUCCGAGAUUAAUCAAUCUAGUCAAUCCUGCUACUACAAGAGCAACGGUAGUGAAUGUGGGAGAGGAUGGGAAGAUAAUCAAAAUGCUUGGUGAUCAGGACGGAAAGGUUAUGUCAUUUGUGACAUCUGCUGUGGAGUUUGAGGAUAAUCUCUACUUGGGAAGUCUAAACACUCACUUCAUUGGAAAAUUACCCCUAAAAACAACAUAGUCUUGUCUCUGCAUGCAGGAGAGAACGGUUAAAAUCGAGCAUUUUGGAGUAGAUAUGAUCUUACAGUAGUUGCAAUGUUGCAGAAUGCAAAUUUCCUGCUAAAUUGGCUUCAGUUAUAUAGACACUCCUUCAUGUAACUUUAGUGUUAAAUAAAAGUCGUUUUAUUGUA